GCGAAUUUCAUGUCGUGUUGGUAUUUAUAGGUUGACUUCGGCAUCGUCAUUAAUUACAUCUGGCAAGAUUAAAAAGGAAAAUUGAAUUAUGGACAAUCUAGUAACUCAAAUUCUUGAUAUCCACAACAUAAAAAAAAUGUUGGUAGACAUUCAAUUUGAUGAGGUGGCAAAAAAUCUUCAGCUGGUUGCGACCGGGGAACUUCCCCUCCCAGAAUGCCUAUCUGUAGAGGAGAUCAGAAAUGUGAGGAUUAUUUAUGGCUGGAUUUGUGAAGUUGGCCCGCAGGAAAUUCUUAAAAUGCUGGACUCCAUCUUUACAACACAUUCGUUCAGUGCCACCAUUCCGGAGCCGAAUUCAAAUGGACAUGAAAUUGAGGCAAUUGACAAGCUAAUCCUCGCGGACUUGAGAAUAAAACAACGGUUUGUUGUGUUGCUGUUGAGCUAUAUCUUUUACGAAGAAUUUCAUUAUCCGCAGCCAGAAACAGGCGUUUACAAUAUCGCAGGCAAUAUAUUCGAGAUGACUAAGUGGAUUUAUCGCUACUGGUUCAACCAGCUUGAAGUUCCUGAAAAAGGGUCUGAACUGCAAUCAUAUUUUGCCGCUCAAAAAAUAAAUAUGAAGGCGAAGGAGGCGCCAUCAAUAGUGGUUCCCCUAUUCCGCAUGAAAUGUGGAAAAGGUCACUUUCCUUGUCCUGCGGCGGAGAUUUGCUGGCUGUAGAUGUACUUACACCAAAGAACACAACACGGUUAUUCGACGAUAUUACCGAUUUCUACAGUAGUGCUGAUAUUGUCAGUGCCAAUUUAGAAUCAACGAUUGAUGACGAUGCACCAUUCGGUCGCAUACCGGUCAAAGGGAUGCCUUUCAAAAUGAAUACCCAUAAAGCCAUGUUUGAUAAAUUUCGCAAUGACGCUAAGAUUAAUUUCUUUAGCACCGCUACCAACCACGCUAUGGAUUUAGGAGAGGAUGGUGUACUCAAAACAUUGAGUGUCCUUAAAAAAUCUGGAGCCUACCAUUCUGGAACAGCUGCCAGUAAAGUGGAGCAGGAGGAUAUCGUAGUUAUCGAGAAAAACGGACUUAAAGUUGCAUUGCUUGCCUUCACCUUCGAUUUGAACGGGUAUAAAGUGCCUGCCAAUGCGCCAUACGUGGUAAAUGUGGUUCGUUUUAACGACGUAUGUCCAUGUCCAGACUAUUCACUGAUAGAGGAUCAGGUGGCUAUAGCUAAGGCAAAAGGAGCGGACCAUAUUGUUGCUUAUUGCCACUGGGGAUGGGAGUUUGAAAUGUACCCGCAUGUCAAUAUCGUCAAAGCCGCCCACAAAGUUAUUGAAUGCGGCGUUGAUACGAUACUCGGCAAUCAUCCACAUGUCAGCCAACCAGCUGAAAUUAUUGAGCGACCUAACAUGCCACCCGCGUUGGUCAUUUACGCGUUUGGCGAUUUCGUAAGUUACCAUCCGGAGAGCAGAAAUUCGAAACUUUCCUAUCUUGUGAAGUUUGACAUUGUAAGUUACUUUGGCGCAAAAGCAGCUGUGACAAAUGUCAAAGCUUUGCCGAUCUAUAUAGUGAACGCUCACCUGGGCGGCGACAGAUAUGAUUGCCGCAUAGUAAAAUUUGAGAAUGUGCUCAAUAACCCGGACGGCUAUUGGCUGACCGAGCUGGAAAGGAACCAGCUGCCGCAUCUGCGUGACAAAGUGUGGAAUGAAAUUCUUUCGCCAUUGGCAGCCGUGAGUCAAUAAAUAUCUUACAAGCAAGACAUUAAAAUUUAUGCAGGGAUUACCUGUAUUUGGCAUACCUUUUCGUCUGAAACAUAAAGAGGACUUUUUCUGUAGAUGCAACAGGAGGGGUCAUUUCUCCAUACAAAAUAUCUCAACUGUUUCCUCCCUGGUUUUUGGCAGCAUUUUUUAUAGUAGGUACAUAUGGUGCUGCUGUACCGCACUAGUGCUCAAAGUGGUUUAUGUACCUAUGUCGAAACUUUAUAGGGACAUAAUACCACAGAAUAUAUAAUAAUACAAGUACAGAAGGCUCACUCCUUUGAUGUUCACAAAAUGUCGCCAUUCUAAAUUCUUACCUACAUUAACAAACGGACCGCACGCGAGCAGCCAACAUUGAAUUUUAUUGCGCCGCGCGAAGGUCGUCGCCAAUGAAUGGGCCGCGAACUCGCGGCCGCUGACAUGUACUUGUAGCGCGGCGAUAGAAUCGCGGAGUGAGCCGCCCCUGAUAAUACGUACAUACCUACUGUAAAACUUCGUCGAUGCACAAAAGAAGAGGUAAUUUGCAACUUCUGUUGAUAUAUUUUAUUUUGAAUUGCCUCUUUUCCGCACUUGUGUCGUAAUGUACUAUUUCAACACAGAUUAAAUAAAUAAAAUAAUAAAUAAAUAUUGUAGGACA